AUGAAAAAUGUUCGUCUUGCAACACUCGUGCGCACAAACGCACGCGCACGGCAGCCUUUUAUCAUCUUAAUCCUUUUGACGGUCGUCCAAACACGAAAUUCCAGACCGAGCCCAAACAGAAUUCCUCUUCGUGUCCGUGCAGGUCCCGUCAUCGUUUCGCCUCCUGCGCGGGUCUUCAAUGUCAGCGGCGCUCAAGUUUUCCUCAGCUGCGAGGCCGUCGGUGUGCCCACACCCGUGCUCACCUGGAGGAAGGUGAUUGGCGGAAGGAAGAAAUUUGCUCUUCUUCCCGGGGACAGAGACAACCUGGCCGUCCAGACCCGAGGCGGACCCGAGAAACAUCAAGUGACCGGCUGGGUUCUGAUCUCUCCGCUUACCAAAGACGAGGCGGGCUCCUACGAGUGUCACGCUGCCAACGCCAAAGGCGACGCGUCAGCAGUCGGUGAAAUUCGCCUGGUCGGCGACAUCCGGGACGUCAAGGUCGAGCCCGUCGACGACGUCGUCGUCGGUGACGUCCCGGUCGAGAAAGUGACGAAGGACGAAGAACUGUGAGCCGCCGAGGGAAGACCCGUCUUCGACUUGGCUCGCGCUGACGUUUUAUAUCCAAAGCACGCUCUGCUGUCCCAUCGCUUCUUUUCCAACGAGUAGGAAAUACUUGUUGUGCUAUCCCUGUUAACCCUUUGAGCAACAAAUAUGAAUAAAGCUCACCUGCAGCGUGCCAUCGUG